AUGUCAAAAGAUUUGAGGGCAAUCAACACUUUGUAUCCUAAGUGCACGGAUAGUUUCGGUAGCUCACUUUCGAUUUUCUCGGCUCGCAAAAAGCGAAAAGAGAUCGCCUUCUACCGACUACUCGGCUCACCGAUGACCAGCGCUCUUCAACUCGGCGAGCUUGCUUUUGUCGGGCCAACGCACUCAGCACAACUGAACGACUUCCAAUACGUUGAAAUCACGGACCUGACGGAUAGCGUGGCUACAGUUAAGAUCGUCGGUCCUGAUGAUGACAAGAACAACGACACUUUCGACAUACCUAUCGAUAUCGUCUGA